UUUGACAUUCACUCUUUACUAGCUACAACAACAAUAACAACACUGAGAAUAUGGCGCCACUAGUCAACAUUUGAGAUUUUAAUAUAGGUAGAAAGACAUACUUCUGGUGAAAAUGAAGUAUUUUCGUACAGUACGACAACUGACGACGGAGAGUAAUCUAUUUGUUUUAGACGAGGAAUAUCAGAACACGUGAGGAUAAUUCCUAGAAUCAUCGACAUGGCUCAAGAAAAAAUGGCAUCAAGUGUUGGUUUUAGGAAGGGUUCUCAUCGGACUGCGAUGGAGAGGUUUGGCGAGGGGGGUAUGGCGCUUCUACCUUGGACCAAGCACGUACUGACCGUACUGUGGGAACAACUACGGGUGUUGGUCCAUGUCAUUUACUACAGCUUCUUGGCAGUUUUCCAAAUGUUCCGGUUUGAAGUCCACCUGAGAAUCACGGACGAAACUGGUCAACACGUCCAGCACAUGACUACUGCAGCAAAUCAAGCCGAAUCCUUUCUCUUCUCCUCAUUGUUUGACAGUGACGAAAGCGUCAUGCUUGCUGGCUCUAACACCCUAUCGAAUUUCUGCGGGGACGUGGGUGAUUCCUUCUCUGGGAAUUCCCACUCAGGGGCCCUUCUGUCCAGCCUACGGGCUGAGGAGCUGUGCUGCGGAUUGGUGGACGACUUUGUGUCCCGUGCCACGAUGGAUAGCGAAGAUGGACUGUGCCUUGGACAUCACCCCAGCUGGAAACUGGGCUUUCCAGGUGACUGGAACCUGUUUAUGAGCAGCACUGAAAGCAGCUCCAGCUCGGAUGAAAUGUGUUGCAAGGAGAAAGUGUUUGACUUCAAACCCAAACAUGACACCACCGAAGAUGAUAUGGAUCUUAGCUGGGGAAAGGAGGAUGACCGAAACAUGGGUGAGUUUGACAGCGAGGACAGUAAAGCACUUUGGGAAUCCUUGUCCAUCUCCAACGACCCCUACAACCCCUUCUCUUUCUCCGCCUGCAUUUCAAGCUGCUCCAAUAUGGGGGAAACAAAAAAUGAAGAUUGUGUUGGGAGCAGCCUCGAUUGUAACCUAUCCAGCAGGCCUGGCGAAGAACUUCAAGAGACCUGCGGUGGCGUGAGCUUCUGGAGCAGCCGUUCAGAUAGCGAGAGCAGCUGGGGGAGUUCAGAUGGUUCGUGCGCAGACCUGGACAAAGAGGAGAGCGAGAGGCUCUGGGAGCUCUUCACCAGCCCCACCGACCCAUACAAUCCCCUGUGUUUCACGGCAUCUGUAGUCAGCUCAGUCCCUCACACAGAGAAAGCACUUACACACUCCCAGGAGGCUGAAAGGGCCUCAGUCAUGACCUCAUGUUCUUCUGACACAGAGAGGGAGAGCGUGGGCCCUUCCUCCUUUGAGGAUGACGAGGAGGAGCAGCUGUGGAGGUCCAUCUCCCAAAACGACGACCUUUACCACCCUCUGAACUUCCGUGCCUGCCUCCAGAGAUUCCCUAAAACCACAGAGCCACCUGCCUUCAGCACAAAAGACCCACUCACCCCACAGAGCUGCCCCACACAGACACCACCCGGCCAUGCUAAGCAGAGGGGGACCAAAAGCCCCCAAACAACCAGUCCUACAAAGCCUUGUCUACCCAAGAGACAGCUGAAGCAGCAUUGCCACCCAGUUACUACACUGGUGCCCUGGAGGAGACCAGAAGCUAAAGUAACACAGGAAGACAAGGACAAACAACCUCUAAAAAAGGUGCGGUUUUCACCACUUGUUCAGGUUCACGUGAUGCAUACUUGGCCCUUCGCUCGGCAGGCGUCUCGCAAAGGACCCUGGGAGGAGCUAGCCCGAGACAGAGGACGGUUCCGAAGGAGGAUCCAAGAAGCAGAGCAGGCCAUUGGCUACUGCUUCGGUCAAUCUCACAGAGAGAAGAUCUGGGCCAAUCUGCUAAGCAUUUCAACAUUGGCCACACCCCUGGUCCAUGAGCUCCGAACAUAAAUGUUUUUCCAUAAUUUUCUAUUGAACUUUUGACUGGUUGCAAUGCAACAUGUGUUUUUAGGUCAGUUAUAAGAAAGGUGGUCCUAGGCCAAUAGGAUUUGUCAUCAAAUUUUACCUGCACUGUACCUCAACACUCAACUGUGACUGUUGCACUGAUUUUAUAUUUAUUUUAUAUUUAUUAUAGUUAUUAACCUUGUAUUUAAUGUACUUUUGUAUGCCUUACUGACUGACCCAGCAAUGUAAUUUAUUCAUGCCCUAUGGAGCUUGUUUUUAUUGUAAAUGUUUUAAGUGUUUGAAUUGUAUCAGUUUUGAAAUCUUAAUCCAGAUAAGUGGUGUAUUUAGAACUAUAAUAAUAAGCAGAUGGUAUUUGUGAUCAUACUGUAGUUCAUAAAUAAAACCUUGUUUCACACCAUAA